AGGGCCUGUUGGCGCUGUCCAAGAUGGUGGCGGGAGGGUUGUGUCUGUGUGGGCUCCUCAGAUUGCUGUGCUCAUUGUUAAUCCCUGCAUUAUUUCUAAGUGGAAUUUUGUGUGUCUGCUUGGUGGUACUGCUGGGGGGAAUACGGCUCUGGAUACAACAAAGGAAAAAACAGUUGACCUCAGCAGGAAAAGAUGGGAAGCGGCCGCUGCUGGUUGCCUUUUUUCACCCGUAUUGCAAUGCAGGUGGUGGUGGGGAGAGAGUCUUGUGGUGUGCCAUAAGAACGCUCCAGAAAAAGUACAGAAAUAUAACGUGUGUUGUUUACACUGGAGACAGAGAUGCCACUGGAGAAGAAAUAGUGGAAGGCGCUUUCAGAAGAUUCAAUAUUAAAUUAACUCAUCCUGUGAAGUUUGUAUUUCUAGAAAAACGCUACCUCGUGGAAGCUUCUUUUUACCCUCACUUCACUUUGCUGGGACAAAGUUUAGGAUCGGUUUUUCUCGGCUGGGAAGCCCUUCUAAAGUGUGUUCCCGAUAUUUAUAUUGAUUCAAUGGGUUACGCCUUCACGCUUCCCCUCUUCAAAUAUUUAGGAGGGUGUCGCGUUGGCUGCUACGUCCAUUACCCCACCAUCAGCACCGAUAUGCUGUCUGUCGUUAGGAAUCAGGAUACCAGGUUUAACAAUGCAGCCUUCAUCACAAAAAAUCCUCUUUUCAGCAAAUUCAAACUUAUCUACUACUACUUCUUUGCUUUCAUGUACGGGUUGGUUGGUUCCUGCAGCGACGUGGUUAUGGUUAAUUCUUCUUGGACGCUAAAUCACAUCCUUUCCCUCUGGAGAGCUGGGGCUUGCACUAGUGUUGUGUAUCCACCCUGCGAUGUUCAGACCUUCCUGGAUAUUCCACUGGAAGAGGAGAAGAGCACCGCUGAGCAUUCCAUUGUUUCCGUCGGCCAGUUCAGGCCUGAAAAAGAUCACCCUUUGCAAAUCAGAGCCUUUGCUAAAUUGCUGAAAGAAAAGAAACUGGGGGAGCAGCUGUCAUUGAAGCUUAUCUUAAUUGGAGGCUGUCGUAACCAGCAAGAUGAAGAGCGUGUAAAUGACCUUAAACGUCUUUGUGAAGAGUUGGGACUUAGUAACAAGGUGAUGUUCAGAAUAAACAUUCCCUUUGAGGAGCUAAAGAGACACCUGGCUGAGGCCACUAUCGGCCUGCAUACGAUGUGGAAUGAGCACUUCGGGAUCGGCGUAGUUGAAUGUAUGGCAGCUGGCACAGUUAUCCUGGCUCACAAUUCUGGAGGCCCCAAAUUAGACAUUGUGGUACCCUACGAAGGACAUGUUACAGGCUUCCUGGCCGAAAACGAGGACAGUUAUGCUGAGACAAUGGCUUAUAUCCUCUCUUUGUCUCCCAAAAAAAGGUUAGAGAUCAGAGAAAACGCUCGCCGCUCUGUGCACAGGUUUUCCGACCAGCAUUUUGAAGAGACAUUCCUGCUAUCUGUGGAGCCAUUAUUUAAAUAAAUGUAUAUGAAUAAAAUGUAUGUGAAUAAAAUUAACUUUUUAUAUUUGA